AUGGUCCUCAAGAAGCUGUGGGACACCGCGAGCUCCCUCGCAAAGCGCGAUCUAAUCCCGACCAUAUGCUACGACUCUUGCAACGAUGCCACCAUCCAAGUCCAGUCAACUGGCAAAACGCCCGAGCUCUGCGAACCGAACUCAAACUUCAUGCAAUCCUUGUCAAAUUGCAAAUCGUGCAUCGAGAAGAACUCCAAUUCCACAGACGCCGGUACGCUCGGGGAUCUCGAACCACUGCUUGACUACUGCAACGAAAACUCGUCGACUAGUAACGAAUCCAUCGAUGAGCUGAAGAGCGAACUAGCUUCCAUCAGCGCAAAGAUCGCCUCGCUAGGCGGUGAAAUGUCUACGUCUGCAACCAACACACCAAAGACAACUCUCGCAACAACGACGUCUGGUUCGCCCGGACCGGUUACAGUGUACGCGACGGCGUCGGGACAGAAGGACACAUCAAGCAGCUCGGACAGCAAGUCCCAAGCCAGCAUCAUUGCACCAGCCGUCGUGGUGCCUGUUGUGAUAGUGGGUCUCAUUAUCAUACUGGGAUUCUUCUUCUACCGUCGUCGACGAAGUCAAAACGCCGCCCAGCUCGCUACGAAUGGUCCGCCGCCUCCAGAUGACAAACCGCAACUGCACGCAGAUGACUUUCGCCCAGAGCUGGAGGGGACAGGCGUUAAUGCCGUCCGUGAGGUUGAAAUGGAGCAGCAUAUGCCACCGGCAGAACUCCCUGUCCGAGAAGAAGUAGCGCGAGAAAUGGAUGCCAACAAGCAGAGUUAA